AUUUGCAGCAUGACCUCAGCCAACUGCUGUUAAACACUACAACUUACCAACCAAAGAAGAGGAGGUGCACAUUAAACCUGUGCAAGGAUGAUGUCCCCUUACAAACAUCGAAAGAGACCCAGAUAUGACGCUCCAACGGUGGAAGCCAUGACAGAGCCAAAUCGUUUUUCAUGUUCCACCACGGAGCAGGAGGCUUAUUUGAAGACUGAAGCUGACACAAGUUACUACACUGGUCUCAACCCACACUUCAAUAAGAACCCUGACAGUGGAGGUGAAGAGUUGGAGUAUGACGCAAGGAAACCCAGAUAUCAGACUCCAGAGGCCGAGGAUGUAAUAAGAGCAAACCUUUCUUUAUGCUCAGAGGAUGAGCCUUAUUCAGUCAUUAGUGAAGCUGACUUUGACACAAUUAAGUGCUCUGGCAUUUACUCCCUCAUCAGUGAGAACCCUGACGACACUCCAGAUGACAGGUUGCCAGAGUCUGAUACAAGUCAAACCAGUGUCAUCUUCAACCAUGAAUUUGCUUCUGACGCUAAUGGCUCUUCAAAAUGGCAGUCCGACCUCACUGGUCAUAGCUGGAGUCUACAGGCCGAGCCAAGCAUCAACCAUCAGACAUCGGUGAAUGAAAAACUAAGUAUAAGAAGGGAAAGGCUCAAAAGAAAUGCGCUGAACCUUAUUGGAGGUGACGCGGUCAAACUACAAUUUAAUCACAGGGCUAAUGGCUGUGUCACAUGGCAGCACAAACUGACCAGGUAUUUUAGGAAUCUUGUGGCCAAACAGAGCUGUGAUAGACUGACCUCGACUGGAAGUGAUGAAGAAUUAUAUAUCAGCAUGGAAGAAGACAGAGAGAAGCUGCAGCCUCACUGUGCUGAGGUGGUGGACCUUCGCUUGCCUCUUGAUGCUCAUGACUUUUCAACCUGGCAGUGCAACUCAACCGAUCAUGAUCUGGAUGAACACGCUGAGUCACACUUUGACAGACCAACCUCCUAUGGACAUUAUGAAAAACCAUACUUUGACAUAAAAAAUAGCAACGAUGAGGAGCCAUUCUGUCUUGGGCUGCCAAACUUGGAGCAAACCUGCUAUAUGAACGCCACUCUGCAAGCCCUCCUGUCUCUGACACCGUUUGUUCAGGAGGUCAGCAAGCAGAGGAAGGUUUGGAGCUAUUGUCCCACCUCUGAAGUCAUGAGGUGGUUUAUGAAGGUUAAAUGUUGCCGCUUCUCGAAUAACAACAAAACAAAGACAUACAUCCUGGCUGCCUUUAAAAUGAUUGUUGCUGCGUUUAACCCAGAGUUUGAAGAUAGCUUUCAGAAGGAUGCACACGAGUUCCUCACCUGUGUGCUAGACAUGAUGAAGUCUCAAUCAGUCAAACUUCAGAAGUCAGCAUGCUUUAUGGGCCUGAGUUACACCUGCCCUGUAAAUGCUCACAUCGCCUUCCAGAUGUUGAGCACCAGGACCUGCACAGGAUGUGGCGUCCAGUCAUUUAAAAAUGAGGACUACAUCAACCUUGCCCUAGACCUGGUCCCUGGAGGGUCACUGCGUGAUUGUCUAGAGGAGUACCUUAAAGAGAGUGAGCUGGAGUAUAAAUGCGAGUGCGGUGCUGAGAAGUCAACACUGUCUUCUUCAUUCUUGAAUCUACCAAAUGUGUUGAUCGUCCAGUUGAAGAGGUUUACCUUCACUCAUUUAUGCACAGGGAUUAAGUUGGACAAACCCGUGCAUGUCCUGCAGGACCUGGAGGUGAAUCCUGGCAAAUGUGGCUCCAACAUCCCAAAGACCCAUUACUGUCUGAUCAGCAUCAUCAGCCAUCUGGGCAAAACACCUGACUCUGGCCAUUAUGUUUGUGAUGUCGUACGAAGAGAUACUUCAGGUGUCUUGACAGACGAUUGGCUGAUAUUCAGUGACAUGCAGGUCUGGGAGGCGACGGGAGCAUCGAUCUUUCAAUGGCGGGAGAGAACGGCCUACCUGCUCUUCUACGAGAAGACCCCUUGACCCUUCCUGGACUUCCUGGUUCUUCCUCGCCACACGUUUUGCCAGACGAGUUUUGUGUCAAACUUCUGGUGGAAGAGGAAUAAUCAGGAGACACUCGAUGAAUUGUAAUGUUGUUCAAAGGAAACAUGCAUGUAAUAAAAUACAAAUAAACAGGAGAAAGCCCAGCUAAUGUUUCAAAAGCCAAAACAUUUACCACGGAACCAUCCAAGCACACCUAAGAGUGUCCAAUUAAC